UUUCAUCAAAUAAACAAGCUGUAGCGGUCAUUGGCUUUAAACUCUGUGUAGGAGGAGGUUUACUCCUAAAGAAUCUUGUCCUGAUGGUUGCUUGUGAUAUGCAGAUACAGUUUAUAAUUGAAGCGUAACACAAUCAAUUGAAAUGAGAUGCAAUGCAUGUUGGCGUGAAUUAGAAGGGCGAGCCAUUUCCACUACAUGUGGUCACCUCUUUUGCACUGAAGAUGCGAGCAAGAUCCUUGGCAAUGAUGCAUCAUGUCCCAUUUGUGAUCAAGUUCUCUCUAAGAGUCUUAUGAAACCUGUGGAUAUCAACCCAAAUGAUGAAUGGAUAAAUAUGGCAAUGGCUGGUGUGUCUCCACAGAUAUUGAUGAAGAGUGCAUACAGAAGUGUGAUGUUUUACAUAGGGCAAAAGGAAUUAGAAAUGCAGUUCAAGAUGAACAGAAUUGUAGCUCAGUGCAGGCAGAAAUGCGAGACUAUGCAAGAAAAGUUCUCUGAGAAACUAGAGCAGGUGCAUACUGCGUAUCAGAAAAUGGCCAAGAGGUGUCAGAUGAUGGAACAGGAAAUCGAGAGUUUGUCAAAGGAUAAGCAAGAGCUCCAAGAAAAGUUUUCAGAGAAAUCAAGACAGAAAAGAAAGCUUGAUGAAAUGUAUGAUCAAUUAAGGAGUGAGUACGAGUCAAUGAAACGGUCAGCCAUCCAACCUGCAAACAAUUUCUAUGCCAGAAAUGAGCCUGAUUUAUUCUCAAUUCCAGCAGCUAACAUGAUGGAUAGCAGAGAUCCUAUUCGAAAGGAUUGGUCGAUUUUUUCUCCCGGAACUCCAGGGCCUCGAGAGGAUGUAUGGCCAGCAAGACAGAAUAGUUCAAACUCUGGUCCUUUUGAUAUAUCGAGUGGCUCACCAGCAAAACAAGCAGCCAUAGCGGUUGAUGUUGGGAAUAGAAGGGGUGGUGCUCACCCUGCUUUUGGAACUGGUACUGCUAAUCCUUCAAUGACUUUAAGGAACCUCAUAAUCUCUCCUAUAAAGCGGCCUCAGCUCUCUCGUAACCGCACUCACCUGUUUACGUAA